UAUUUCAUACUAAUCUAACCUAAUUUGAACACUGUUUUUAAAAAUGGCUGCGUUGUGCCGUGUUAUUAAAAAUUUUGGAAAAAUUGUAUCCUUACAGAGUCAGAAUAGGAAUAUAUCUGUUUCUGGAGCAGCUUACCUUAAAGAAAUAAUUGAGAAAAAGGAAGGGAAUACGAUAGUUGUUGAAGGCAUAGUAAAACGGGAUGAACGAGAAGCACGGUUGUUAAAAGCUAAGAAUGGAGCAUGUCCUCUCUGUUCCUCCGGUCUUGAUGUUAAGCAUACAGAUGUUCUCAUUUUAAGUCAGUUUACUAGAUCGGAUGGUUGUAUAUUGCCCCGCAGAAUUACUGGUCUUUGUGAAGUACAGCAGAAAAGAAUUUCUUCGUUGAUUAUCAUGGCUCAAUAUGCAGGUUUAUUGCCUAUAAGAAGUCCCAAGGGUGGUGUACUUCAUCCUUUACAAAGACGAAAGUGGAGAAAAUUUAAUACUUACUUUGAUGAAAAAACUAUUAAAGCUAGAUAUAAUAAUGUGUAAAAGAAUAGAAUAAACAUUUCCUGAAUAUCAUAA